AAUAACACGUUAUUGACCUGUCCAAGCGCCGAGUUUUUCUCGAGAGCCGGAAGAGCAGACCAGCCUCAGAACCAGUACGUCGUUGCACUUUAUACACGAGACUGGCGUACAUUUGAAAACAUUCCGAAGGUAAUCGUUUCCCUUAUAUUUCACCUACCCCCUUAUCAUCUUAUUGACAUGUCUCGCUACUUAGGUCUGGGUUCCAGAACGCGGGACGUUCCACCAGAUCAACAACUUGAACCAGACGGAUGAGAAGACGGCCGAACGCCAAGACAGGCUUGACAGGAAGAUCAUGGAAAAGUUCCACGUGAAAAAGCCAUUUAUUCUCUUCUCCAGGCACCAUUACAUGGAGGGCAUGACGUUUCUGAGAGACCAGCAGAGGUUCAACGAGAUGGUCUUAUAUCCGCAGGUCCAGGACGCCUUGUUUUUCGGGGAACCGUUUCCAAUUGCCCAAGCCGUCGCCAAAAGGGAGCAGGGGGAAUGGAAAGAAGGGAAAUGGCAUCGUUAUCUGAGAGAACUGAACAUCAAAGUAAUUGCAGAGACGAUGGAGGACUUUAAGGAACACAAUGAGAAAGUGGGAAAUGUGUAGGUAUUAUUAGUACUGGCGUGAAAUGGUCUGGGGAGGUUUCUGGAUGUGGGUUUCAGGUACCGGGAUUCUCGCAUGUAUUAUGCGCUGGUCGCAUAUUAUAACAAUUUUGAUUGAUUCAAAGGUCUGCAAAUGUGUGCUUCUCGGCUGGUCCGCUUCCUGUGAUCCCAAUACCAGUUAGUAAUCAACUAGUAUGCGAAUCUUCAGGAUGCUGAACCUGGCUGCCGUUCAUGAGGAGGAUAAAUAGGAGCUAGAACUGCUAACCGACGGACUUAUAGGUAUACAGCUCCUUUUAUAGUGAAUAUCGGCUUGGCUCUUAAGGAGCUGUGAAUAGGCAAUCGACCACAGGCCGCCGUUUGAUUACGUUCCCGAGUAA